AUGGACGUCGUGAUGGACGCUGAGGACGCAGGUGUACAGGUGUUCCAAGAUGACUCCCUCCCACAGGAUGUCAUGGUGAGUAUCCUGACAGCUCCCAUUAUGGAGCUUCUGUACGACAAGAGCGCCCGCCGUUCAUCCCUCGGGGCCGACUCUUUACUAGACCAGGACUUCAGCGAGGAGGGGGCGUUGGAAUCCGAGGGCGGCGCCACACUCACGCCCUUGGAGACCAUCCUCGGCCUCCAGUACGCUGACGAUAUCUUCACUAUCAUGAAGGUGACGGAGAGCCAGUACCACCCAAGGCACUGUAUGGCGGACCAACCUCAGGUGACGGAGUACAUGAGGUGCACGUUGGUUCACUGGCUCAUUAAGGUCAACCAUCAGCUCAACUUUGGCCCCGAGACGGUGUUUGUGGCUGUCAACUUGGCCGAUCGUUUCUUGGCCGUGACUCCCUUGGCCCAGGACUGCCUUCAGCUCCUUGGGGUUGGAGCUCUUUUCGUCGCGGCCAAGAUGGAGGAGUGCGUGUUUCCCAGUAUCAGCAAACUGGUGACAAUAUGUGGCGGCAUGUACAAACAUCACCACUUUCGCCGGAUAGAGGUUCUGAUCCUGUCUAAACUGAAGUUCGCUCUAUACACACCCACCAGCUGGUACUUCUUGGACCACCUAGCUCUGAAGGCUGUAAUGGUUGGCACAAUUGACAGGCGAGUGAUGAGCGUGUCCCGGUACGUGGCGGAGACGUGCUUGAGUAGCUACCGGGUGACCCAGUACCUGCCCAGUGUCCAGGCGGGGGCGUCCCUCACCCUGGCCGUCACUCUGGUAGCCAACCCUAAUCUCUCACACACCCUACAUCACCUGAUGUGUGAGUUGUACAGCCCGGCCGAGCGAGAGGAGAUCACCAUGUGCACCUCCCUCAUGACGCACUACAUGGCGCCAUUCUUGGAGUCUGUCUCUACCGACGCCGCUACCCAGAACACAGCAGCGGGCCAUCCUGACACACCAUUACACGGCCCUCAACCUCCUGGCGACCAUGAUCAAGAAAAGUCACAGUCUUCAGCCCAUCACACCAGCCAAGACGUCACAUCACACUAG